AUGUCAAUGGUUAUUCCUAUCGGAGUGCUUCGCAUGCGAAGUGCGCGAGCGUGGCUGGCGGGCAGCGUGACGGCCGCGAGCGAGCCACCGCGGGCUCCCGGCCCGGCGCACACGCCCGGCCACCAGACUGCACCGUUUUUGUAUGUCGCGACGCGCGCCGACCGGCCCUUCGUCGCCGGUUCCUCAAAUUCACUCAUGUAA